AUGGCUCAACAAGCAAAGCAAGCUGCCCAAAGAUUAGGCGGUAUGUUCCCUAAGGGCUCUGGCAAGGGUCUUGGCUCUGCAGUUGGAGCUAUCACUGUUUUGGGUGCCUUGGGUUAUGGUGUCAAUGCCUCUCUUUUCAACGUUGAUGGUGGUCAUCGUGCUAUCAAGUACACCCGUCUUUUUGGUGUUCAAAACCAAGUUUAUAAUGAAGGUACUCACUUUAUGAUCCCCUGGUUCGAGACACCUGUCAUUUAUGAUGUUCGUGCAAAGCCUCGCAAUGUUGCUUCUUUAACUGGUACCAAAGAUUUGCAAAUGGUCAACAUCACUUGUCGUGUGCUUUCAAAGCCUCGUCCUGAUGAUCUUGCUACAGUAUAUAGAACAUUGGGUCAAGACUAUGACGAACGUAUUUUGCCCUCCAUCGUCAACGAAGUUUUGAAAUCAGUUGUUGCUCAAUUCACUGCAUCUCAAUUGAUCACUCAGCGUGAAAGAGUAUCUCGUCUUGUCCGUGAAAACUUGGUUCGUCGUGCCUUAAGAUUCAAUAUUAUUUUGGAUGAUGUUUCCAUCACACAUUUGAACUUCUCUCCUGUUUUUGAGGCAGCUGUCGAAGCCAAGCAAAUUUCUCAACAAGAAGCUCAAAGAGCUGCAUUCAUUGUUGACAAAGCUCGCCAAGAAAAGCAAUCAGUCAUUGUCCGUGCUCAAGGUGAGGCUAAAUCAGCCGAAUUGAUUGGUGAGGCUAUUGAGAACAAACCCGGUUUCUUGGAGUUGAAGCGUAUUGAGGCUGCUCGUGAGAUUGCCACAGUGAUUUCUCGUUCUGGUAACAGAGUCAUGCUUGAUUCUGACACUUUAUUGCUCAAUGUCAACUCACCUGUCAGUGGCAACGCAUCAUCAUCAGAGGCAACAGCUUAA